AUGUCCAGCACAGCCCCAGCAUUCAAGCUCCCCUCGAUCUAUUCUCUCUUCUUCCUCGUCAUCGAACCUAUUUCCGCUCUCGUUGGUGCCUACUUUGCCCAUUUCCAGCCGCCCACCUACCUCACAUUAACACAUCCGUCCCUCCCCACGCCAUCGGGCGUCCCCCUUCCACUUAGCACAACAAUCGCACUCAGCCAACUGGCAAACCUCUAUCUCCUCUUCGCUCUUAACGAGGCCCUUGUCCUGCGUAGCACGUCCGACUUGCGUGUCUGGAGGACUUUACUUUUCGGCUUACUGAUUGCCGAUUUCGGUCAUUUGUAUAGCGUGAGCGGCUUGGGGCAUGGGAUUUAUUGGAAAGUUACGGAGUGGAAUUCUAUGGCGUGGGGAAAUGUUGGGUUUGUGUAUGUGGGAGCGUGUAUGAGAAUGUGUUUCCUGGCAGGUGUGGGCUUGGGGACGGAAAAGGGGAAGCAGGCCGCGAUGAGGAAGCGCAACUGA